AUGAAGGUACUUGCAUUUGCUGUACUUGUGGCCGUAUGUGUGGAAGCAAUGCCAGAGCAGCGGCACAAAUCGCAUUCUCUCCACUCCUCUACAGAGAAAAGAGAAAAACUUUUCGAGAGACGCAAAAGAAAAGCUGUUGAUGAAAAUGAAAAUGAAAUGGGAGACACGAUUGAGGAAAUCAACAAGAAAAGCGGGACGAAAAGGUCAAGGCUGCCUUCAGAAAAGCAGCGCAGUUAUGGAGGGACGACACGUGCAUUGAUAUCAAAGAAUACAAGAUUGGAGGAACCGGGUUUUACUGUGAAUUUCCUUGACGUGGCCGAUGGAGACGGAUGCGUUUCGCAAGUUGGUAAACCAAAGAAGGUCCGCAGGCACUCACGCUCGGCGAAGGCUGUGGAACGGUAUGAAUUUGAAGACCUUUCUGUCCGUUAUACUCACAUUCCUAUGGAGAGAUAUCAGUCA